CUUUCGUGUUUUUUGGUGGUAAGAGAUGUUGUAGAUGCAAUAAGAGAUAGAGCAAAUGAAUCAAUUGGUCAUGUGUGUUACUUUUGUGUGCCGGUAGCAUUAUUUGGCAUCAAAUCACAGUUGCUUCUACGGUCCAAUAUCUUGGCUGAACUUGUUAUGGCAACUCCCAACUCCCCAUGCUACCAUUUGGUAUUUGUGGCUCCAACAUGAAUGCAGGGAUUUUUUUUCCAGAUGGAUUCAGAAUGCGUGUUCUUUGAAUUUGGGUGUAUAUAUAUGAAUACUCUUUGCCACAUACCUCUUGAUCAUCAUGGUGACAAUGGUGAUGAAUAACUCAACCUUGGUAUCC